UUUGAGGGAGAGGUGAUAGGUGACAAAAUACUGGGAAGAAGGAAAAGGGGGAAAGGGAAGAGAAAAAUAUAAUUGGGAGUAAACAUGAUGGUAGGAAAUAGUAAUUUUAUUUGUGAAUGUGAAUGGGAUGAACUGUCCCAUAAAAUGGAAGCGGAUAGCAGACUGGAUUAAAAGCCAGAAUCCUACAAUUUGUUUACAAGAAACUAAUUUAAAACAGAUAGAUAUAUAGAAUAAAGGUAAAAGGCUGGAGCAGAAUCUAUUAUGUUUCAGGUGAAGUAAAAAAAGCAGGGGUAGCAAUCCUGAUCUCAGAUCAAGCAAAAGCAAAAAUAGAUCUAAUUAAAAGAUAAUUACUUAAAGGUACCUUUAUCCUACUUAAAGGUACCCUAUAUCAUGAAGUAAUAUCAAUCCUAAACAUAUGCACCAAGUGAUAUAGCAUCCAAAUUCCUAGAAAAGUUGAGAGCUGUAAAAAAAGAAAUAGCAAAACUAAACUAGUGGGGGAAUCCCAAUCUUGCUUAGAAAUAGAUAAAUUGAACCACAAAAUAAGGAGGUAAAUAGAAUUCUAGAAAAAUUAGGGAUGAUAGAUCUUUGGAGAAAAUUGAAUGGAGAAAGGAAUAUACCUUUUCCUCAGUAGUACAUGAAACCUAUACAAAAAUUGACCAUUAGGGCAUAAAAACUUCAAAAUCAAAUACAGAAAGGCAGAGACAGUAAAUACAUUUUUCUCAGAUUAUGUUGAGGUUAAGAUUUGGGAUACCUAAAUAAGAUUAGGGUUUAGUUGAGACUAGUGGCAGGUUUGAGUACAGGGAGUCAAAUGGAGCUCCUCUGCAACCCCACUGGAUUCAAGGAUAUGGCAGUAAAUGAGGUCUAGUAGCAGCUGAAUCCCCAACAAAGGUAUUAGCCCAAAAGCUAGAUUGAUAAAAGAGGUUUAUUAUUGGGUUUGGAAGCAAGGUUAAAGUAUAGGCGAAGGUAGAGAUAAGGGCAGCACUGGACAGAGGGUCCUGACAUGGCUAGCAUGUUUCAGACCUCUGCAAAGAUGGGGUCCCAGCAUGUCCCUUUUAUAAUGGGAGAUUAAGCUAGAGGGGCUUUUGGGUAUAGCCCCAAAGUUGGCUCAGAUCUGGAUGGGGGCUGGGACAGGUACGGAUCUUCUAUUGGAAUACAAAGGGACCAGGAUUUGUGAGUCAAAGGAUAAUUACAUUAAGUAGGAGGGGGUGGGAAUCUUAAAGGAAUAUUUCCCACAUCAAUUAUGCAAUAAAAAUUAUAUGCAAUAAAAGGCCAGGGGAAAAUAGACCAAAAAUCUAAAACUAAAUAAUCUAAUCCUAAAGAAUGAGUAGGUGAAACAAAUCAGACACACACACACACAAAAUCUUGUCCAGUAGAUAGCAGGAAAAUCAAUGUGACUGGAUUAGAGACACCUGAAACAAUCAACAAACAUAUUUUCAAUAAACACAAUUUUUAAAUUUCCCUUCUCACUUUUCACCCUAACUUGAGAAAAAUGUGUACUUGUAAUGUGGAGAGUCAAGCAAAACAAAUCUCUGAAUUGAACGUGUCCAAACAAUGUUUUAUUUUUCACUAUUAUCUGUCACUGAACAGCACACUUUAGGAUCAGUUUUAUGGAAUCAAGGUUGAUCACUGUGCUCAUAAGAGCCUUCAACUCUUUCAAAGCUUUUGGUUUUUACAUUUAAAUUCUUUAUUCAUUUCACUCUAUCAUCAGUUCAUAAGUCUUCCCAGUUUUCUCUGAAAUAAUCUAUUGGGCUUCACCUUUACAGUCAUGCUCUGUAAUUGAAUUCUGUCCUAGAAUUUUCAUUUGAAGUAGCCACUCCAAUCACUUCUAACUUUCAGCUCUUGACUCUAAGGAUUACUUUUCCAUCUCAUUUAUGGGCAGAUGCUCUCCUUUCCCUUUUCACCUCCAUUAUGUGUUGUCUUUUUUGUACUUUGAGUGUAGGGACUGCUUUUUGUAUUUUUAGUUUCUAAAACAGUGCUUAAUAUAUUUUCUCUUUUAUGGCAUACAUCAAUAUGCUAUUUUUUUUUUUUAGCCAUUCCUCAAAUGAUUAAUACUCUCCUAGUUUCUAAUUCUUUGCCACCAAAAAAAAAAAAAAAAGAUGUAUUUUUUUGUACAUUAUCUUUUACCACUUUCUUUAGCUUUUCAGAGCAUACCUAUGAGUGAUAUUUCUGGGCCAGCGGGUAUGAAGUGUAGUGAUUUUUAACACAGCUACAAAUUGCUUACCAGAAUAACCAUACCAAUUUAAAGCCCUAUCACUGGUUCAUUAAUGUAAGUUUUCUUGUAGUUACUCAAACAUGUGUCAUUUCUCAUUUUUUGUCAACUUUCUCAAUGUGAAGAGAGGGAGAACCCUGUUGUAGCUAUUAAGUUGCCCUAGUAAGCAUUUAUUAUAUGUCAAACCUAUUGAUAUAAACACAAGUAUCUGCCACUAAGCACCUUGCAUUCAACUUAGAGAUAAAAAUAUUCAGAGAUGACAUGCUAUAUACAAAAUAAAAUGUGUGUGUAUACAAUUACAUUAGGAAAGACAUCUUGUAGAGAAUGGUGUCAAAAAAUUACAACAUAUUAAAUGCAAGUACACGAAGGAUGCAUCCACUAGUUUAAAAUGUGGAAUUCCUUGAUGUAGAAAUUCUCUCCAUCAACAAGAGACCAAGAUUUUCCCAUUUAGUUGACUAUAUUCUUGGGAGUCAGAGGCAUUUGGAGGUUAAAUGACUUGCUAAAGGUUAUACAAUUUAGUCAGGAUUUAAAUCCAGGUCUUGGCUUUUAAGCCUGUGUACUAUAUUAUGCUACUUCCCUGCAAUAUAUUAAAAUAUAAAUUGUGCAGCAGAAAUGGUAUAAAUGAUGUAAUCAGAGAUGUUUAAUUGGAAAAUAAGGGAUAACCUUUGCCCUACUUAAUCUAUAUCAGAAUGGUUGUUGGAUGAGCAUCUAAGUGCUCUAAAAUAUAUCAUAGGAUUCCUGAAUGAUUCUCAGUUUGCAGAGCUGUGCAAUUGGAAGGGCUGUAGUGCUUUCAGCAGAAACAUCCAAGUUUGAAAGAGGAAUUAAGUUUGAGGGAAAAAUAAGUUUUUAUUUAGACUUGUGGAGUCUGAGAUGCCUAUGGUUGGAUAUAUGGAACUAGGAGUCUGAUAUGUAGGGAUAAUUGAGCCUAUGGGUAAAAAUGAAAUCAUCUUGAGUGCACUAAAAAAGGAGGACCCAGGACAAAGCUUUGGAAGCUUAAAGCUAUCAAGUAGAGUUUGGACAAUUAUCCUAAAAGAGACUGAACAGGCAUUCAGACACAUAAAUGGAAUUGGUAUGAAAUGGCAUAAAUUCCAUUACGAAAAUACAGGUAUGACAUCACAAAUAUCCUUCAGAAGACCCAGCCUUUUGAUACAAUCCUCUGUUUAGCUUAUUACCACUCUGCAAAGCCUUUUCUGAUAGACAAUAGGCAGCACACUUGCCCUACUCUUUUCAGCAACUCCUAGGAAGCUGACUUGGGAAGUAAUUGGAGGGAGGAAGGAGCAAUCAGUAUUGAAGUGAUAACCCAGGAGGGCAGCACCUGUCAUCUGCAACAUCAUGUGCCUAGGAGAGAAUCAAGACAGGCAAUACAAACACAAGGUACAGCAUAAAGGUGGGGCCAGAUUUCCUGGGCAACUGGGGAAGGUUGAUUUAAGUCCUAUCAAGUCUUCCUCAAUUUUGUUAUUGUUGUAAAUUUCACUCAUGGCCAUAUGGGCCUUGGAGAUCAGGGAGUCCAAUCUCUUCAAUUCAGAGGAGAGGAACUAAAGGGUAGAGUGGUUAUUUGCCUAAGAUCAAUUAAGAGGAUACAGAUCUGAUUCUUAAGUCUAGUGUUCUCACUACUUUCUGAUGCCUAAGUAAAGAGGGUAGAGAAUAGAAAGAGCUUUUGGUAUUAAUAAAAUGAAACCCAGAUUUUCACACAACUGCCUGUAAUGGUAGGCAAGCCAUUUGCUCUCUUUGGGCCUGCUUCAUCAUCAUUACCAUUAACAUUCAUAUAAUGCUUUUAAAUCUUCAAUGCCUUUUACCAUCAUCUCAGCUGAUAAUCUUAACAGUCCCAUUUAAAAUAUGUGUAUCCUUUCCUGAAGGUUGGUGGCCUUUUACAGCUGAGUAAACUGAGCCUCAGAGAUUAAAUGACUUGUCCAAAAUGGCAGAAAUGAAAAGGUCAUCUCCCAUGUCCUAGGUGAGAACCAAUAAGUUCACCGAGUUGCCCCUAUUCCUUUGAAAUCAAGGUCUCAUGGUCGCACUUAAGGGUAACAUCUAGGUCAACAGCAAAGCAGAGAGUGGACCGGGCUUCAGUCAGUAAGACUCUGGGUUUACCUCAGUUUUCUCAUCUGUAGGAUGGGGAUAAACAGCCCCUAUUUCCCAGGGUCAUGAGGAUCAGAGCUUCUGCACAGCGCCUGGCACAUAGUAAGCGUUAAAUCAAUGUUGGCUAUCAUCAUAAAGGAUCCUUGCUGUUAUGAGCUCCCUCUCCUACAGUGCUUUCCCAACCACCUGGGGAAGUGGGAGUGCAAUCAUAGUCAUUCCCUAUAGAGAUGAAACUAGUUCAGGGGUAAAGUGACUUGGCCAGGAUCACAAAGGUAAAAAGCUGUCCCACCGUUUCAGGACCGCUGCCGGCGCAGGUAACCCAAAAUCCCUUUCCUAGGAUGGAGUGAACGCUGAAACUGAAACCAGGCCUUUAGGGCUACUGUCCCAGAGUUCUCCGUAAGCACUACCCCACCCCCAAGUUGUCGGUCUCGCCACACUUAAGAUGGCGGCGCGAAGACUACCAGGCCCCUCACAGGCGGUGCCCGCGCACGCGCAACGGCACCCUCCCUCCCCGGCCGGGACACAAGAUGGCGGCGGCGGCGCUGGGGAGGGCGAGGCGGAGGCGGCCAAACGGGCGGCUAAGGAGAGUAUGUAGUCGUGUCCCCCCGAGUCCGCUCCGGGCAGCUGCAGGUCUGACGAUGCCCCUGGUACUUUGCCCAAGUCACUGCUGACCUGUCCUUCCACCCACCCACCCACGCACCCACCGGUGCCCAACCGUACCUAGCAUUUGCCUCUGGCCAUCCGUGGGGGAAUCCUGCAGCGACUCCGGAGAAGCCGGGGGUGGUGAAGGUGCCUUUUCGAGCUAAUGCUGCAGACCCCAGAGGGUCUCAUGCUGUUGCUGAGAGAUGGCCAAUGAGAACCAUGGCAGUCCUAGAGAGGAAGCAUCUCUGUUGAGUCACUCCCCAGGCACCUCUAAUCAAAGCCAGCCUAGUUCCCCCAGGCCCAUCCGACUGGUACAAGACCUUCCAGAUGAGCUGGUCCAGGCUGGCUGGGAGAAGUGUUGGAGCAGACGAGAAAAUCGCCCUUACUACUUCAAUCGCUUCACCAACCAGUCACUGUGGGAGAUGCCAGUCCUGGGUCAGCAUGAUGUCAUUUCGGACCCUUUGGGGCUGAAUGCGGCUCCGCUGCCCCCAGACGCUGGAGUGGUGGAAACACCAGUGGAGAACAAGCCCAGGAAAAGGCGGCUUUCAGAGGAGCAGCCCAGUGGCAACAUCAUAAAGAAGCCCAAGGUGGAAGUUCCAGGGACUCCUUCUGCCCAGUCUGUACCUAGCUCUCCUAGCAUUCCUGGGACACCAACUAUGAAGAUAUGGGGCGCAUCCCCUGAAGACAAACAGCAAGCAGCUCUCCUUCGGCCCACCGAGGUGUAUUGGGACCUCGACAUCCAGACAAAUGCAGUGAUCAAGCAGCGCGGACCAUCCGAGGUUCUGCCCCCACACCCCGAGGUAGAGUUGCUUCGCUCCCAGCUCAUUCUCAAGCUUCGCCAACAUUACCGGGAGCUGUGCCAGCAGCGUGAAGGCAUUGAGCCCCCAAGGGAGUCCUUUAAUCGCUGGAUGCUUGAGCGUAAGGUGGUGGAUAAAGGGCCUGAUCCUUUGUUGCCAAGCAACUGUGAGCCAGUUGUGUCUCCUUCCAUGUUUCGAGAAAUCAUGAAUGACAUUCCCAUCAGGUUAUCCCGAAUCAAGUUCCGGGAAGAAGCCAAGCGGUUGCUCUUCAAAUAUGCAGAAGCUGCCAAGCGACUUAUUGAGUCCAGGAGUGCAUCCCCAGAUAGCAGGAAGGUCGUGAAGUGGAAUGUGGAAGAUACUUUCAGCUGGUUACGGAAGGAUCACUCGGCUUCCAAAGAUGACUAUAUGGACCGUCUGGAGCACUUAAGAAAGCAGUGUGGCCCCCAUGUGUCAGCUGCGGCAAAAGACUCAGUGGAGGGUAUAUGUAGCAAGAUCUACCACAUUUCCCUGGAGUACGUCAAACGAAUCCGGGAGAAGCAUCUUGCCAUCCUCAAGGAGAACAACAUCCCGGAGGAGGCAGAGGCAGCAGAAGUGGAGCAGCGACUCGUCUACUGCUACCCGGUACGGCUGGCCGUGCCCUCACCUCCCCUGCCCAGUGUGGAGAUGCACAUGGAGAACAAUGUGGCUUGCGUGCGCUACAAGGGGGAGAUGGUCAAAGUCAGUCGUAACUUCUUCAGCAAACUGUGGCUCCUCUAUCGCUACAGUUGCAUCGAUGAUUCUGCUUUUGAGAGAUUCCUGCCCCGGGUCUGGUGUCUUCUUCGACGGUAUCAGAUGAUGUUUGGGGUGGGGCUGUACGAGGGGACAGGCCUGCAGGGUUCGCUCCCAGUACAUGUCUUCGAAGCUCUGCACCGACUCUUUGGCGUCAGCUUUGAAUGUUUUGCCUCCCCUCUCAACUGCUACUUCCGUCAAUACUGUUCUGCCUUCCCAGACACCGAUGGCUACUUUGGUUCCCGAGGGCCCUGCCUGGACUUCUCCCCACUGAGUGGCUCCUUUGAGGCAAACCCUCCGUUUUGUGAGGAGCUGAUGGAUGCUAUGGUGUCUCAUUUUGAGAAGCUGUUGGAGAGCUCCCCGGAACCCCUGUCCUUCAUUGUCUUCAUCCCGGAGUGGCGGGAUCCCCCCACACCAGCACUGACCCGAAUGGAGCGCAGCCGUUUUAAGCGUCACCAGCUGGUGCUGCCUGCCUUUGAGCAUGAGUACCGAAGUGGCUCCCAGCACAUCUGCAAGAAGGAAGAGCUCUACUACAAGGCUGUGCACAACACAGCCGUGCUGUUCCUGCAGAACGACCCUGGCUUUGCCAAGUGGGAGCCAACGCCGGCAAGGCUGCAGGAGCUGACCACAGCCUACCGACAGUCUGGCCGAAGUCAUGGCUCCAGCUCAGGGAGCGCUUCCUCUUCCUCUGAGGCCAAGGACCGUGACUCUGGCCGGGAGCAGAGCACCAGCCGAGAGUCAAACCCUACUUAGCAAGCAGUGGAGAAGAGAGCUGUUGAGCUGUGGGGGGUUCAGGCCUCUCUCUUCCUUACCUGACCUUAUCCCCAGCCCCAGGAACAAGAGGCCAUCAUGUUUUAUGGGGCAGCAGGAAGGUCAGAGCUGCCACUGACAUAGGAAGAAUGUGGUUCUCCAUGGCUUUCCUCACACACAUACCCCUUCCCCAAUUUCCUUAAAGCCUCGCACUCACUCCACGUCCCUUGUGAAUAGUCCCACACGCUCCCUGUCCUGUCGCUAACGUGUACAAGAAAAUACAGAAAAGCCCCAAGACUAUGUGAGGGUUCUGGAAGGAGGAAAGAGCUUCCCAGGUCCCCUUCCUGGGAGCCCAUGUCCAGGCCCAAUCAUGGUUGCUGCCUUUUCCUAUGCCACUUCAUACCAGUGAGACGUUCUCACUGCCCACAGACGACGACGUCCCUUUUUACUCUUAUAAGCCCACUAGUUGCAGGUCAGGGAGAUUGGGGAGUCCACAGGGCUUUGGGUAUGUUUUAGCAAACAAGUCCUAGGCCUAGUGUUCUUGGCUUCUAGGGUCCUGUGUUCUCAGGGACAUAGGGAUUUACACAACUCCCUGACCAGCUGUGGAGUGAGCCCUAUGGGCAGGGGGCAGAAACCCAAUCAGGCCAGAAACCAGAUUCAUCUUCCUCUUGGGUUCUUUCCUGUAAGGAUUUUUAGGCCAGCUGAAUCCUUACAGGCUAUAUAAAAGCUAAUGGGCCCAGUCCAGUCUUUAACUGAUCUGAGUAGUCUUACCCAUUGUGUAUAGGGACCUUUGAAUGAGCCUACCCCAUGCCACUCAAAACUUGUCAAUUAGGGUUCCUUAGGCCUGUGGAUUAUCAACUUCCUCUGGUGUCUCCAAGGACAAACUGGCAGAAGUUUGAGAAAGCCUUUAUAGGGCAAAGGGACCAUAGUCUAGAAAUGCAUGAUUCUAGAAUUCGAAAGUAAUUCAGUAAUAAUCUUACUUCAACUCGAGCAUGACAACAAGCUCUGAUACUACCUGUGAUCUUAUGCAAGUCACUUCUCUCUCUGAGCCUAAUUUUCCUCAUCUGUAAAGUGAGGUGGGUUGGGUGAGAUGAUCUCUAAGGUCUUUUAAAAGCUCUGUCUCUGUGACUGAAUUUCUGUAAAAUGAUACCUUCCCCAA